AUGCCGUUUUUACCUAGUCUGCUGCACAGUCUGUGAUUAAGUAUUAACCUUUUGUUUUCUCAUGUUGUUAGCUAUUUUAUCGUACAUAACAGCUAUAAAAACUAUGCGUAAGCAAUUGGAGUCAUGCAUUUUAGCUCCAGUCCGUACUAGCUCUUCACGCAAACACUGUACCUGGAUUGUUGCGUGCUCCGUAUUUCGAGUAGCAUAUGCAACGAUGAUUUUAAUAGAUCCAAGUUUGGCUCUGAUGAUGUGACAGUUGGCUUUCCCUCCCACAAUGCAUCUCUUUCGGCUUGUUUCACUUUCAGUGUUGCUUUUGUGCUCGUACCUCUGAACCUGCAGUGACAUGCAGGUGGGGAUGUUACCUGUUGACACCAUGUGGGCCACUACUGUCCUGUUGCUGGUAUCUCUUUCUCUUUCUCUUUCAUUUGGAGCACAACUUCCAGACCAAGGAGCUUCUAAGGAUGCCCCUAUUGCAACCAAUGGCCGGCCGUUUCCCUGGACUACCAUGAGACUUCCCACAUCCGUCUUACCUAUCCAUUAUGAUCUGAGUAUCCACCCCAACCUGACCACUUUAGACUUCACUGGGGUGGUCCGUAUCCAGCUAGAUGUCCGUGAAAAUACUGAUACAAUAGUGUUACAUGCCAAGCAGAUGCAGGUGUCCAAUGUGUUUCUAAUAGGCCCCAAUGGUGUUAAGCCUCUGGAUGUUUUAGAGUAUCCUCGAUUCCACCAGCUGGCCCUCGUUUCUGACACAGUUUUGACCAAAGGUAGAAAGUAUGAAGUUCAUCUUGAGUUUGCGGCUAAUCUGUCCGACAGCUUUCAUGGGUUCUACAAGGGCAGCUAUAAAACAAGCAGUGGGGAGGUCAGAGUUCUGGCAUCAACACAAUUUGAAGCCACUUUUGCCAGAGGAGCAUUUCCAUGUUUUGACGAGCCUGCCUUCAAAGCCAAUUUUACUAUUCAAAUUGUCCGGGAGCCACGCCACAUAGCGGUAUCCAACAUGCCCAAGGUGAAAACAGUGGAGUUGGCUGGAGGUUUGCUUGAGGAUCACUUUGACACCACAGUGAAAAUGAGCACAUACCUCGUAGCUUACAUCGUGUGUGACUUCCUGUCUGUGAGCCGCACCACUCAACAUGGUGUCAAGAUUUCAGUCUAUGCUGUGCCUGAGAAGAUUGACCAGACGGCUUUUGCACUGAAUGCUGCUGUCAAACUUCUGGACUUUUAUGAUGACUAUUUUGACAUUCCUUACCCACUGCCAAAACAGGAUCUGGCUGCUAUCCCUGACUUCCAGUCCGGUGCCAUGGAGAACUGGGGCCUGACCACGUACAGAGAGACAGCCCUGUUGUUUGACCCAGAGAAGUCAUCGGCUUCAGAUAAACUGGGCAUUACCAAAGUGAUCGCACAUGAACUGGCCCAUCAGUGGUUUGGGAACUUGGUGACUAUGGAGUGGUGGAAUGAUUUGUGGCUUAAUGAGGGCUUUGCUAAAUUCAUGGAGUAUAUCUCAGUGGACAUCACCUACCCUGAGCUACAAGUGGAUGAUUUCUUCUUGGGAAAGUGUUUUGAGGCAAUGGAGGUGGACUCUCUGAGCUCAUCCCACCCUGUGUCUACUCCAGUGGAAAACCCCACACAGAUCCAGGAGAUGUUUGAUGAUGUUUCCUAUGAUAAGGGGGCAUGCAUUCUCAAUAUGCUGCAAGACUUCCUUUCUCCUGAAGCCUUUGAGAUCGGCAUCAUUAGAUACUUAAAGAAAUACAGUUACCAAAACACAGUCAACAGUGAUUUAUGGGAAAGUCUCACUGACAUCUGCAACUCAGAUGUUUUAGAUCUGAGACAAACGAGACACAAGGAGUUCUGUUCAAAGAGCAAACUUCAGUCUGGAGCCUCAAAAUGGUACUCAGGUGAUGAGCUGGAUGUUCGGGCCAUCAUGAACACAUGGACGCUGCAGGAGGGCUUUCCUCUGGUCACUGUGGAGGUCAAAGGUCAGGAGGUUAGGCUCAGUCAAGAGCGUUACCUGAAAACCAAUGACCCCUCACUCACAGAAGGAUUUCUAUGGCAAAUCCCCUUGACCUACAAAACCAGUGCAUCAAACACCAUCCACCGCUUCCUGUUGAAGACUAAAACUGAUGUUCUGUACCUGCCUGAGGAAGUCAGCUGGGUCAAGUUCAAUGUGGACAUGAAUGGAUAUUAUAUGGUGCACUACGCUGGUGACGGCUGGGACUCCAUUAUUAAACUGCUCCGGUACAAUCACACAGCCCUGAGCAGCAACGACCGCGCAAGCCUCAUUCAAAACAUUUUCCAGCUUGUUAGUAUUGGGAAGGUGAAACUGGACCAGGCUCUGGAGCUGUCCCUGUACCUGUCCAAAGAGACUGAGAUUAUGGCAGUGACACAGGGACUUGGAGAACUUGUACCUCUCUACAAACUGAUGGAGAAGCGAGACAUGCCAGUUCUUGAAAACCAGAUGAAGGACUACAUAGUGGAGCUAUUCCGGGGGCUGAUUGACCGUCAGGAGUGGACCGACUCUGGGUCCGUGACCCAGCGCAUGCUCCGGAGCUAUCUGCUGCUAUUUGCCUGUGUCAGAAACUACCUUCCCUGUGUAGAGAAGGCCACUCAGCUUUUCAACAGAUGGAAGGAAUCGGAUGGAACAAUGAGUCUCCCAGUUGAUGUCACGAUGGCUGUAUUUGUGAUUGGGGCCCGAACACCAGAGGGAUGGGAUUUUCUGUUUGAAAAAUAUCGUCAAUCAAUGCAAAUGUCCUUCAAGAGCCGAAUGAAAACUGCCAUGGCUAUUAGCCCCCUGCAGGACAAACUCAUAUGGAUGCUGGAGCAGAGCCUUAAUGGGGAUGUGAUGAAGACUCAGGACCUCCCAGAUGUUUUGGUAUCGAUUGGCAGAAAUCCUCUUGGCUACAAACUUGCCUGGGACUUCCUCCGGGCCAAUUGGCACACACUUAUCAAGAAAUUUGACCUCGGGUCCAACACUGUGUCCUUUAUGGUGAACGGAGUGACUAACCAGUACUCCACCAGAGAGAAGCUUGACGAGGUGCGCAGCUUCUUUGACUCUCUGACUGAGGAGACUGGAUCAGAGAUGAGAUGUAUCCAGCAGGCCUAUGAGACUAUUGAGGAUAAUAUUCGCUGGAUGGACACUCACCUGCCUCUGCUACAGCACUGGCUCAACAAGCGCUCUGCAAAACUGGUACAUGAGGACUUGUAAUAGAGCAGAAUGUCAAGCUUGCAAUUAGAAACUUUUAAUAUUUUGUAGUGCAUUGUAUAUAUUCUAAAGGAUGUACAGAGGAAAUGUUUAGGUUAAAUUUGCACUAAAAACAACAAUAAAGUGAUUCAUAUUGUUUAAAACCCAACCACAUAAGAUUUCAACCUAAAAGUGGGCAGAACUAUAGAUAACUCCUUCUGGUGGGUAGGUUUGUUUUAAGUAAAAAGAGGUUGGAAUGGAUUUUCUUCUUUGCACUGAGUGACGUUCCUAUUUUUAAUGUUUUUUGGAGUAAAUAAAAUGUGUCAGUGAUUCCAACAAA